AUGCCGCCCUCUCGCUCUCCCGUCGAUGCGCGAAGAUCUCGAGCUAACGAGGACCGCAUGAGCACCUCUUCGCGCUCUCGCUCGCCCUCGUCUAGGAAUGGAAGGCGGAGCAUGUCCGCAGAGGAUACUGGCAAUCGGAGGCCACGCAGUUCAAGCUCGUACAGCAGGAGCGUCUCAUCCAGAAGCAGAAGCAGGAGUCGGAGCAGAAGCCGAGAUCCAGACCGCAAGCCUUCUGCGCAAAAAGCACCCUUCAGCAAGAUCAAACUACCCGAUCCCGGCGAUGAUGUGAGUCAGGCUCGCGAAUACCAAGACCGCAUGUAUACUACCACGACUGCUGAUCGCGCGACACCCGAUCUGCUCAGGCUACCCCAUUCGUGCUGCGUGUACACGCCAGACAGGGUCCCUUCAGACCACUUAAAGAUUUCGAUCACGGUCGCAGGGACGCUCCUCAGGUCAAGAACAACGAGUUCAAGCUCUAUGUCUGGUGAGCUGCGGUCUAGACGCUGAUCAAAUCGCAGUGGUCGCAGAGUGUGGCGCUUGCAUCUUGACGAGACUCUUCCCUUUCUGAUCUCGCUCCUCCAGGCGAACGGCUAAUCUGCGAGAUGUUGCAGCUCUGUUACACCUAGCACAGCCAAACAUCUCCAAUCCAACGACGCAUCAUGCAUUCCGACUCGUAUACUUCGACUCGCGGCGGUCCGAGAUGGCAGCUCGAGAAAUUGCAGCGCACGUCACCCGGGUCGAUCCUCUGCAAUCUGUAGAUCAAGGGCUACUACCAUCGGCCAUUUCCGACAAGUUGGUCAAAAAAAAAGACGCUAUCUCGAAUGAAAGAGCGGCAAAGACGACAUUACAAGAUAUCAACGUGGUCGAUGGGGACAUCAUCGACGUCAGUCUGACCAACCCAUCGCACGCUUCUGGCGGAGCUGGGCGAAGCGCUAGGGAAAUCAGUAUACGUGGAGGCGCCAGCAUGGGGAGGAGAGGGAUCGAAGCCAGACCGCAGCGUGGUCCGCCUGCUCUUGCAGAUGUGCCCUCGGCUCUCCUAGGUGCCGCUCAUCCUUGGGGGCCUGCACCGGGCGAGUCCCAGAGAAGAGGAGGCGUUCGACCGCAAGCGCCACGAUUGGAGCCUGCCCCUCCACCUCGUGGUCCUGCUGUUCACCCUUCCCGCCUGGCUGCUACAGGCCCGUCCAGAGAUCUCGCCGCACGGAGUGCAGAUCGUCGCGAUUUUCAUGAGCGAGCAGAUGAACAACGCAGAGGCUCGUACAGAAGAGAUGACAACGAGAGAAGAGCUUAUACAGCGAUCGGAGAUGCCGGAGAAAGGAGAAGAUCGUAUGCGCGGGAAGAGGAAGAAGCGCGCUAUCCUGUUUCUAGAGGCCACGAUAGAUACGAAGGUAGGAAAGGUAAUUCAUCUCACAGAAGCCAUGAUCGCAACGUGAGCCCGCCUUAUAGAUCUCGUAGAUCCAGAAGCCGAAGUCCGGUCAGGCGGCCACCUAGAACUGUCAGCAAAAGCAGAAGUCGUAGUCCUCCAAGGCGUUCCAGCAGGCACUGA